CAAUGCAUGGCGCGGGCCGGCCAGUGAGCCCACUACCCUAUUCUAGCUCACUUUAACGUUACUAACGUUGGGUCGGCUGUGGUCGAUAUGAUGGCGGCCUUGGGGAAAUCCUGCCGUUUCGUCCCAACAUUUAGGCUGCUCGGGAAAUCGCGGUCGGUUUCACGUCAGACACCGAGACACAAUGUCCACCAGACCGCCUACCUGUUACGCGUCAAAGGCAUAGAGCUUCGCAUGCCCGCGCUAUCGCCGACUAUGACGGAAGGCACGAUCAUCAAAUGGCUCAAGAACGAAGGUGACACCGUCCAGCCGGGAGACGUGCUUUGCGAGAUUCAGACCGACAAGACGGUCGUUGCCUACGAAGUCGAGGACUCGGGCGUCCUCGCCAAGAUUUUAAAAGACGCUAACUCUGGGGUGCAGCCGCUGAACACGCUCAUGGGACUCAUGGUCGAGGAAGGACAGGACUGGAAAGACGUCGACGUCCCCGAGGACACGGCGGGCACACUGCCGGCCAUCGCCGCCCAACCAGGCACAGCUGACCAACCGAAGCCGGUGAGCGCAAAAACGUCGUCUAUGGUUGGUCCGGCUGUGAAGCACCUCUUAGACAUGUACGGUCUGAAAGCGGAGGACGUGCCGGCUACGGGUCCCCACAACGUGCUGCUCAAAGCGGACGUCGCUAGGUACGUGACGUCCAAAGGCGCCUCAAAAACCGCCGCACCUCCGAUUGAGCCGUCACCGCCGACUAGAACUAGCGAGGGGCUGGAAUACAAAGACGUGCCAGUGACCAGCAUGCGACGUGCUAUCGCCAAGCGGCUCACCCUGUCGAAAACAACGAUCCCUCACAGUUACGUUAACGUAGUGUGCAGCAUCGACGAAACGCUAGAGUCCCGGAAAAAAUACGCGGCCGAGGGAAUCAAAGUGUCUGUGAACGAUUUCAUCAUUAAAGCAGCAGCAAUGGCCUUGCAUCGAGUGCCCGCUGUGAAUGUGACGUGGAAGAACGAAAGAGUCGAGUUUAUGUCCGACAUCGACAUCUGCAUCGCCGUGGCUACCGACACCGGCCUCAUCACGCCCAUCGUGCGAGCCGCCGAUCUGCUGGGAAUCGACGGAAUCGCCGCCACCGUCAGAGAACUGGCCGGCCGUGCCCGAGUGGGCAAGCUGAAGCCGAACGAAUUCGAUGGGGGCUCUUUUUCCAUAUCGAACUUGGGUAUGUUCGGCAUAUCACAGUUCAGUGCGGUGAUCAACCCUCCGCAGGCGUCCAUAUUAGCUGUCGGAGGGUCCGUGAUGGUGCCUGGCUGCGACGGGAAGCCACGACAUGCCAUGGCUGCCACACUGUCCUACGAUGCACGGGCCAUUACCGAUGAUAAUGCAGCCGAGUUUGUGGAGGCAUUCAAAGAUCACAUGGAACAGCCACUCAACAUGCUAGGAAUGCCUCUUGUAAAGCACUCAUACAAACUGUAGGAUAUUUAUUGCAUCAGCUAGUCCCUUUGGUGUGUGCCACUAAGAAAUAAACACUUUCAGCUGUGA